CAAAAAUCACAGGUUAAAAUCGAAGGCUCCGGUUAAAGACUCGGUUCACGACACGAACGACACAUCACUACUAAACUGCGCUGCUUAAGACCAACAGCAGAGAUUCAUCAGAUCUUUCUGGAUUUAAUGAACUGCUUCGUGCACACGAGGUAGCUCUAAUCAUCUCAACAUUAGCGAGUUUCGUCAAAUACAUCGACUAAUCCAAAAAGAUGAACAUCCUCCCGAGAAAACGCGUUUCUUAUUCACAGCAACUCUAAACAGUGAAGAUCCACAAAACUAAUUCAGCCAGAGAAACAAGACACUCACCGAGAAGGCUUUUUCUGAACUUCGUCUGUCCAGCACAGAUUCUACAGCUGUCAUUUUUCCAAAGCAAAGGUAACUGUAAUCGACUGCUUCACAUCAUCUUCCUGUGAGACAUUGAGAGCUUCGAAGACAUUCUCUUCCCAGAUAGCACAUGUACAUCUGCAGGAGCUCUGUUAAAGAUCACUUCAUCUGGAAAGUUUUUGCUGAGUAUAAACCUCUGACAGACAUCUUUAAGAUCUCUAAAUCAUAACCGUCUAUUUGACAUCUGAAAGGAAACGUCCUAUAUUGCAGUGUUUGCUGACCAGAGGAUCGACAUGAAUCAGAGAUCACCCGCGAGAGGCCGUCAAAAUCAGCUCUUUGACCCAAACGAGAUCCAUCCUAAUCCAGAACACCUAAUUCAGCAAAGUGUGGGAAGUGACGAAAUCCCCCGUCAGAAGUUGUCAUGCUCUCAGCUCAUUGACUUUCUGAAAUCAAGCAGCAAAUCAAAUCUAGCGUCUGAACUACUGUUAUCAGCUGCUGAAGUCAAAUACAGGCCACACGUGACGGAGGCUUCAUUUAGACUGAUGCAGCAGACAACAGCGUGUGUGGAUCAGAGGGUCAUCGCUUUGACCGUCGUCAAGAAGGAUGUGGAGAAUCAGAUCUUCUCUAAGAGGAAAGUUUCUGAACACGUGUUUGCAGUGAAAGAAAGCAGCGCUGAGGUUUCCUACCACUGGAUGAUCGCCACAAGCGGUGAACUGUGGGACAUUGGGGAUUUCUGUGGGUCCUUGCCAGAGCCGUUCCCAAAUAAAAUGACAGAUUUUAAUCUCCAAGCUGACUGUAAAGCUCCUGAUCUGUCCAGGCGAAGCGUGUGUCCCUCAGCAGAAGAAUCGUGGCGUCUGAAGGACGGUCAAAGCCCGGACACACUGACUGACCACGCUGAAGAUGACCACGCUGAACAUGUCAGAAUCCCAGAGUUUCAGAGUCGCAGGUUUGAGGAGAUGCCAGUUGUUAUCAGCCAUGUUGUUCAUCCAAACAAGUUCUUCAUUCAACACGAGGACACCAAUCUCCGUGAACUGUCUGAAAUCAUGCCGAGGAACAGCAGUAGAUCUUUUGCAGAGAUGAACCGCAUCCCAGACAUUGGAGUUUAUGUCAUGGUUUGGUUUCUCAAGCAAGAGAUGUGGUGUCGUGGCCAGAUCAUCAGAGUCCGUCAGAUGAGUCGAGGGCCCAGCAGCAGAGAUUGCAGAGACGUUAAGGUGGAGGUCAGGAGGAUUGAUUAUGGAGAUGUUGUUUGGGUCUCUCUUUGGGAGGUUAAGGAAUUGUCUGGAGAAACCACAUCCAUACCUGUGCAAGCGCUGCAGGUCUCACUGGCGAAUGUGAGGCCAGUGAAUGGAGAAACAUGGUCUUUUGAAGCAAUCAGCUGGUUCAAGAGUAAAGUGCAGAACAAGACUCUUUAUGCCAGACUCUACCCAGAAGAAGGAGAAGUUUUGGUUGAGCUCUUCAUGGAGAAGGGAAAGAUUGGUGCUAUGAGGAGAGGAGACUCUCUGUCUGUCAGACUUGCUCAGAAUAGAUUUGCCAUUCAUGAAUGUAACAAACCCAGGGGCCUGAAGAGAAGUGGCAUCCCAGAACAAAGAAGACAGCAGUCCUUACAGUGGGAGAAAUAUCUGAUCUCCUGUUACAGUCACAACAGGAAAUAAUGUUCACAGUAAUCAUUACUGUACAACCUUAUGAAUACUUCACAAUAUCUACUAUGUGCAUUUCAUAGUCUCUGUUUGGUUUUUAUUUUAUUUGUAUUGUAGUGUUGUUACUGUUAGUUUGUGAACAGUGUACAUUCUUACCAGAUACAGAGAUAUGUUCUACUGGUCCAGUCGUGCCAGUUGUUAAAAUUUUUACUUGCGUUGCCAAUAUUUUCACUGGCACUUACACAAAAAAAAUAAACUAGUUGCUGUUAUCACUA